UGAAUGGCUCGACAACCUGCGACGAACGCUUCUGCAGCAAAGCAUUCCCAAAGCAAACGCCCUUCCAAGAGAACCCAACCUGUCGUAAAGUCCGCAGGCUCGACACGUGGCGUCUCCAGUGCCAAGUCCAUCAAAGACCGCAUCCUGUUCAUUCUUCAAGACGCCCCAGCCUUGAUUGGACUACGUACGAUCAAGAAGCGUCUCGUGUCGGACUUUGGCAUGGUCGAGUCCAAGUUAUUCAAUACGAACGUGAACAAGGCGCUGCGAGAUCUCAGCUCGAGCGGACCACGCGAUGAUUUCGGCCGGCACAACGGAUCGUACCAUGGAGGACCCAACAGCCCAGCUUUUAUUGCCCAUCAGGCCAAACCUGCUUCAUACGUGCCACCUGAAGGAAGCAGCGCCGGUAUCAAUGAGGACUGGAUGAUGUGCUGUCACUGCCAUACCCAUUGCGACUCGACCUUUCUCGAUGAAGACUCGACCUCCCGAGGGUGUGCAUUCCGAUGCAGCAAUUGUGACACAGUGUACUGGACUUGGAUUUCCGACGGCGCCACGCACCCUGUCGAGUAUGCUCGUAGGCACCGAACGUGUAGUCCUGUCGACGACUGACACGCGAAUAUAGUUGGAUCGAUGGAAUGACGUG